AUGUUUCCCUCUACCCAAACCCACACCUUAGACUGCCACUGCAUUAAAUGUCACAACAGUCAUCAGAAAUCUUCUUAUGCUGCAAAGCGUACUGAGACUUGUCGUAAUAAGAGAGCUAGAGUUGAAGCCGCAAUGAGAAACAUGGAUGUAGAUACUGAGGUAAUCCCGACCUCUCGUUCCGAUUCUGUGGAAGCAAUGGAUGGUCAGGCCAACUCACCUUUUUUGGAUGCCGCCUCAAUGUUUGACAAUGACAGAGACGACAAUGAUUUCGAUGACAAUGUUGAAGAUGAAGUCAAUGAGAUCGAGAUCGAGGACUUCAACAGUGAAGACCCUUUUGCUGCUUCUGAUAUGCCCAAAAAUGAAGUCCAUCAAUUCAUAGCCAUCUUUAUUGUACUGUUUGCUUCACGUCAUGUUGUUGAUAAGGGUGCUGCUGUCUUGAUUGAGUUUAUCAACAACCUGCUAAGAAUCUACGACCAAGAUUUUCAAUUACCAACCAGUCUUGCCGGUUUACAAAAAAUGACAGGAUUUUCUGCUAUUACAAAAGGCAUCAAGAAAUUUGUGGUGUGCCAAGACUGUCAUACAGUAUAUCAGGAUAUCGUAUCUGCUCCUCCUCGAUGUGUUUCCUCAAAACUUGGUGCCAGGUCUGCAUGCAACUGUAAUUUGACGAAAUCCAUAUCUUCCGGUGCCUUGGUUGCAAAGCGUGAAUAUGUCUACCAAUCCAUUAAAAAUACAUUGAGCGUUUUCUUCCGUCACCCUAGUUUCGAAGCCAAGAUUCUACAUGGAACAAUCAUUGAUCCCAUGCAUAAUCUUUUCCUGGGGACGUCUAAGAGAUUAAUGGAUUGGUGGAUUGAUGAGAAGACAAUUGGACCUGAAGAGUUUGCUUCGAUGGAGAAAAUUGCAGAGACAAUGAUACUGCCCAGAGAUUACAUCACACUGACAACUAAAAUUGGAAAGGGCUUCAGCUACAUCAAAGCGGACGAGUGGAAAUCAUGGGUUCUGCUCAGCAUUACUUUUGAUGAGAUCACCACUACCCACAACCUGUUAGAAAAGUUUUGCAAUGCAUGCAACAUAGACUAUACCACCACUAUUCUCAUCUGCAAUAUGCAUCUACACCUCCAUCUUCACGAAUGCAUUUGUGAUUUUGGACUAGUGUAUGGUUAUUGGCUCUUUGGGUUUGAGCAAUACAAUGGUAUUUUAAAGAAUUUCAAGACAAAUGGCAAAGACGGUUUUGAGGUGACCUACAUGAAAAAUUUUGUUCAGAAUGCGUAUAAGGAUGAUUAUGUCAAUGCUGUUCUUAAAAGUUCUAGCCAGAUCCCCUUCAUUCACACUCUGUCUAAACUUGUUACAACCUCCAUACCAGCCGCCACAGUCACUACUCUCUCCAGUUGCCCAUUCAGAUUGCAAGAAUUCGUUCAAGGCUACACUGAUCCUUAUAAUCCACCCAAGGGUAAUGAGCCUCUUCCUCCUUUUACAUUUCCUCUAAAAUACAAAAAGCUAUCAGUAAUGGAUGAUUCCGACUAUCUCCAUUUACUUGAAUAUUACCAAGUCGCUUACAGCCUCCCAGACCUUGCCAGCUAUCAGGACACGUCCUAUAAUUGCUCAGCACUUGACAAUCAAAUCAUCAAAUUGAAGUCAAUUGACAUUCUUGGUCAACACUAUCGAGGAACAAACAACAGCACAAUCAGUUGCAGAUCACUUGUUCAGGCAAAGUUUGUUGGUAGUAAUGGAAACAUUAUACUUGGAUUUGCUGGACAAAUUCAGUAUCUUUUUACACACUCCUUCCAACUUCCACCCACGCACAAUCUCCAUCUGACUCGCAUGGUUCAUGAUCAUCAACAAGUAUUUGCAUUUAUCAAGUGGUUUCAUACUUCCUCUGAUAGGUCACGUGAGGAUGACAGUGUUGAAUUUUGUUUGCCCACGUUCUCUCCUGAUAGCUACCAUAGCAUUAUAUCUGUAUAUCACAUCUUAUUAGAGGUUGCUACAGCUACUAUUGCGACAAGUAGAAAUGUUAGCAAAAUGCUGAUAAUUCCAUUGCCAAAGAAGCUAUAUGCUUAA